AUGCAGGAUGGUGAAGCGUAUGCUUACCUUCUCAGCACCCUUGCUCCAGAGCUUAGCUCAAAAACCAUGAUAGAAACUUCAGAUCCAAAGGAGAGGGCGCAGAAAGUACUUGAAACCGCAGAAAAGCUCGAUUGUACAAGAUAUGUAACGUCUAAAGAUAUUGUUGAAGGUUCGGCCAAUCUUAACUUGGCAUUUGUUGCUCAAAUAUUCCAAAACAGAAAUGGUCUAUCGACCAACACUGUGGCUCCCGUUCAUCAAGAUACUCCUGAUGAUGUGGAGGCAUCCAGGGAAGAGAGAGCAUUUCGCCUAUGGAUCAACAGUCUUGGAAUUCCAACUUAUGUGAACCAUUUGUUUGAGGAUGUUAGGACUGGAUGGGUUAUGCUAGAGGUUCUUGACAAAAUUUCUCCUGGGUCAGUUAACUGGAAGCAUGCAUCUAAACCACCAAUUAUUAUGCCAUUUAGAAAGGUUGAAAACUGCAAUCAGGUUAUCAAAAUUGGGAAGGAGUUAAACUUUUCUCUGGUGAAUGUAGCAGGAAAUGACAUUGUGCAAGGAAAUAAGAAACUAAUUCUAGCUUUCCUGUGGCAACUCAUGAGGACUAGUAUCCUACAAUUGCUAAAGAACUUGAGAUCCCACUCUAAAGAGAAAGAGAUCACAGAUGCUGACAUUCUCAUUUGGGCUAAUAACAAGGUCAAGGAAUCAGGCAAAACUUCCCAUAUUGAAAGCUUCAAGGACAAAACAAUAGCAGAUGGGGUGUUCUUUCUUGAGCUCCUAAGUGCUGUGCAGAGCAGGGUUGUUGACUGGAACAUGGUGAAGAAGGGGGAGGAUGAGGACGAGAGGAAGCUGAAUGCAACAUACAUAAUCAGUGUUGCUAGGAAGCUAGGUUGCACUGUCUUCUUGCUGCCUGAAGACAUAAUGGAGGUGAACUCAAAGAUGAUCCUCACCCUUACUGCAAGCAUCAUGUACUGGAGCCUGCAGAAUCAAGGGCCCUACCAAUGUCCAGGACCACAGGAUGCUCUUCCAGAGGAAGAGGAAGGCGAGGAGGAAGAAGAAGAAGAGGAAGAUGAAGAGGAUUUUGAAGGAGGCGUCGAAGAUGCUUUCCUGUGGCAACUCAUGAGGACUAGUAUCCUACAAUUGCUAAAGAACUUGAGAUCCCACUCUAAAGAGAAAGAGAUCACAGAUGCUGACAUUCUCAUUUGGGCUAAUAACAAGGUCAAGGAAUCAGGCAAAACUUCCCAUAUUGAAAGCUUCAAGGACAAAACAAUAGCAGAUGGGGUGUUCUUUCUUGAGCUCCUAAGUGCUGUGCAGAGCAGGGUUGUUGACUGGAACAUGGUGAAGAAGGGGGAGGAUGGUGAACCCAAAGAUAUGAUCCUCACCCUUACUGCAAGCAUCAUGUACUGGAGCCUGCAGAAUCAAGGGCCUUACCAAUGUCCAGGACCACAGGAUGCUCUUCCAGAGGAAGAGGAAGGCGAGGAGGAAGAAGAAGAAGAAGAGGAAGAUGAGGAUUUUGAAGGAGGCGUCGAAGAUGGUGUCUCCAAAACGACCACUUGA